AUGUGGUCCAGUAAAGGCCUCUCGGCUGCACAAGCCUUAGCAUAUUUAGAUGAACUGGAAAAUCUUCCAGCAGAAAAUUCGGAGAAUGAUUCUAAAUCAUCUAACACCGACAGUGAAAAUGAAAUACUUUCUCAUCGUAUUGCGAGUGAAAUACGAAACGAUAGUGAUUCUGACAGUGACACAGUGUGUGAUACAGAAGUUGUGGUGAAUAGUGCUAGUUCCAGUGACAGCAAUAAGAAGCAAAUAAAAACGUCUGCCCGUUGUAAACGUCAGCAAAAAAAUACAACUCAGUCACGAAAAAAACAAGGAUUUUCCUUCAAACUAGCUUCAGUUUGCAAAUCACGAGAUAAUUCUCAAUGGCAAGUAAUUUCUGAGAGUCAGCCUAUUGCAGGCAGAAAAGUCCAACGCAAUAUACUUAGAGACAAGCCAGGGCCGACAGGCUAUGCAAAACAAAAAGUAAAUGCAGAAAAUGUGACUAGUUUUUGGAGAUUAUUUAUUGACGAUUCGAUUUUGAGACAUAUAAAACAAUGCACCGAGGCCGAAGCUAGAAGACAACUAGGCAGUAAUGACUGGCAACUAUCCUUAGCAGAUCUAGAAUCCUUUAUUGCCAUUCUAUACGCACGUGGUGCUCAGGGUUCCAGUCACCUAGAAUUAGAUUCCUUGUGGUCCAAAAAGUGGGGGAUAUCGUUUUUUGGUCACACGAUGGCUAGAAACAAAUUUAGAGAAAUCAUGCGAUAUCUUAGAUUCGAUCUCAAGUCUACAAGGAAAGAAAGAUUAGAACAUGACAAGUUUGCUUUAGUAUCUGAAAUAUGGCAGAAAUUUAUUUAUAAUUGCAAAAUUUGUUAUGUGCCAGGAGAAAACAUAACCAUAGACGAACAACUUUUUCCUACAAAAGCAAGAUGCCGAUUUACCCAAUAUAUGGCCAAUAAACCGGACAAAUUUGGCAUUAAAUUUUGGCUUGCUGUUGAUACCAAAGCUAAAUACAUAUUGAAUGCUUUCCCAUAUUUAGGAAAAGACGAUACGAGACCAACAGGACAACCACUUGGUGAAUAUGUCGUUCUAAAAUUAUUAGAGCCCUACACCAAGAAGGGAAGAAAUGUGACAACGGACAAUUUUUUUACCAGUUUGGAACUUGCAAAGAAACUAGCGAAACUAAACACCACAAUUGUUGGAACAGUGAACAGGUCAAGAAAAGAAAUUCCCGAAGUAAUCAAGAACAGCAAAGGUGCGUUAUAUGAAACUGUUUUGUUCACAAGUGAAGACAAUGUUUGCACAUUGACAGCAUAUCAAGCCAAGGCAAACAAAAAUGUUCUUCUUCUAAGUACACAACAUCAAACAGUUUCGAUUGAUGCUGGAACAAAGAAAAAGCCAGAGACAAUUUUAUUCUAUAAUAGCACUAAAUAUGGCGUUGACGUAGUAGAUCAAAUGGCACGAAAAUACAGCGUGAAAGCACCCUCAAGAAGAUGGCCAGUACACGUUCUGUAUAAUAUAUUAGAUUUUGCUGCUAUCAAUGCGUUCGUUAUCUACAAAGACAUAACUGGCAACAAAAUAAAACGACGCGAUUUCAUUUUGCAAUUGGCAGAACAACUCUCGCAAAAAGCUCAUAAUCAAGAAGAAGACCCGCAGGAGGGAACAUCAACUCAAAAACACAACAAUAAUUUAGAAGUUGGAUCAAAGGCAUAUAAGCAAAAUCGUAAAAGACGAACAUGCCAAGAGAAGAAAUGUGAAAACAAGACUUACGAAAUAU